ACACCCCACCCUUUAAGGAAGUGGGGAGGAGAGCAGCAGGGGUGUGGUUAACAACUCAGAGGAGGAGGGGGAAUCUAACCUGUCAGCCCUUUUACUCAGCCACAGCCUCCGGAGCCGCUGCACACCUACCUGCCCGGCCGACUUACCUGUACCUGCCGCCGUCCCGGCUCACCUGGCGGGGCCAGAGGGAGCAAUCGCCGGAGUCCGCGCCUCCCUGGGACUGCGAUGUGCUGGUCUUAGCUGCUGUUUGAGAGGAUGUCUGGGGUGUCCGAGCCCCUGAGCCGAGUAAAGGUGGGCACAUUACGCCGGCCUGAAGGCCCCGCAGAGCCCAUGGUGGUGGUACCAGUAGAUGUGGAAAAGGAAGACGUGCGUAUCCUGAAGGUCUGCUUCUAUAGCAACAGCUUCAAUCCUGGGAAGAACUUCAAACUGGUCAAAUGCACUGUCCAGACGGAGAUCCGGGAGAUUAUCACCUCCAUCCUGCUGAGCGGACGGAUUGGGCCCAACAUCCAGCUGGCUGAGUGCUAUGGGCUGAGGUUGAAGCACAUGAAGUCCGAUGAGAUCCACUGGCUGCACCCGCAGAUGACGGUGGGUGAGGUGCAGGACAAGUAUGAGUGUCUGCACGUGGAAGCCGAGUGGAGGUAUGACCUUCAAAUCCGCUACUUGCCGGAAGACUUCAUGGAGAGCCUGAAGGAGGACAGGACCACGCUGCUUUAUUUUUACCAACAGCUCCGGAACGACUAUAUGCAGCGCUACGCCAGCAAGGUCAGCGAGGGCAUGGCCCUGCAGCUGGGCUGCCUGGAGCUCAGGCGGUUCUUCAAGGAUAUGCCCCACAAUGCCCUUGACAAGAAGUCCAACUUCGAGCUCCUAGAAAAGGAAGUGGGGCUGGACUUGUUUUUCCCAAAGCAGAUGCAGGAGAACUUAAAGCCCAAACAGUUCCGGAAGAUGAUCCAGCAGACCUUCCAGCAGUACGCCUCGCUCAGGGAGGAGGAGUGCGUCAUGAAGUUCUUCAACACUCUCGCGGGCUUCGCCAACAUCGACCAGGAGACCUACCGCUGUGAACUCAUUCAAGGAUGGAACAUUACUGUGGACCUGGUCAUUGGCCCUAAAGGGAUCCGCCAGCUGACCAGUCAGGAUGCAAAGCCCACCUGCCUGGCCGAGUUCAAGCAGAUCAGGUCCAUCAGGUGCCUGCCACUGGAGGAGGGCCAGGCGGUACUGCAGCUGGGCAUUGAAGGUGCCCCCCAGGCCUUGUCCAUCAAAACCUCGUCCCUGGCAGAGGCUGAGAACAUGGCUGACCUCAUAGAUGGCUACUGCCGGCUGCAGGGGGAGCACCAAGGCUCUCUCAUCGUCCAUCCUAGGAAAGAUGGCGAGAAGCGGAACAGCCUGCCCCAGAUCCCCAUGCUAAACCUGGAGGCCCGGCGGUCCCACUUCUCAGAGAGCUGCAGCAUAGAGUCAGACAUCUACGCAGAGAUUCCCGACGAAACCCUGCGAAGGCCUGGAGGUUCACAGUAUGGCAUUGCCCGUGAAGAUGUGGUCCUGAAUCGUAUUCUUGGGGAAGGCUUUUUUGGGGAGGUCUAUGAAGGUGUCUACACAAAUCACAAAGGGGAGAAAAUCAACGUAGCUGUCAAGACCUGCAAGAAAGACUGCACUCUGGACAACAAGGAGAAGUUCAUGAGCGAGGCAGUGAUCAUGAAGAACCUCGACCACCCGCACAUCGUGAGGCUGAUCGGCAUCAUUGAAGAGGAGCCCACCUGGAUCAUCAUGGAAUUGUAUCCCUACGGGGAGCUGGGCCACUACCUGGAGCGGAACAAGAAUUCCCUGAAGGUGCUCACCCUCGUGCUAUACUCGCUGCAGAUUUGCAAAGCCAUGGCCUACCUGGAGAGCAUCAACUGCGUGCACAGGGACAUUGCUGUCCGGAACAUCCUGGUGGCCUCCCCUGAGUGUGUGAAGCUGGGGGACUUUGGUCUUUCCCGGUACAUUGAGGAUGAGGACUAUUACAAAGCCUCUGUGACUCGUCUCCCCAUCAAAUGGAUGUCCCCAGAGUCCAUUAACUUCCGACGCUUCACGACAGCCAGUGAUGUCUGGAUGUUUGCCGUGUGCAUGUGGGAGAUCCUGAGCUUUGGGAAGCAGCCGUUCUUCUGGCUGGAGAACAAGGAUGUCAUCGGGGUGCUGGAGAAAGGGGACCGGCUGCCCAAGCCCGACCUCUGUCCACCAGUCCUUUAUACCCUCAUGACCCGCUGCUGGGACUACGACCCCAGUGACCGGCCCCGCUUCACCGAGCUAGUGUGCAGCCUCAGUGACAUUUAUCAGAUGGAGAAGGACAUUGCCAUGGAGCAAGAGAGGAAUGCUCGCUACCGAACCCCUAAAAUCUUGGAGCCCACAGCCUUCCAGGAACCCCCACCCAAGCCCAGCCGACCUAAGUACAGACUCCCUCCGCAAACCAACCUCCUGGCUCCGAAGCUGCAGUUCCAGGUCCCUGAGGGUCUGUGUGCCAGCUCUCCUACGCUCACCAGCCCUAUGGAGUAUCCAUCUCCCGUUAACUCACUGCACACCCCACCUCUCCACCGGCACAAUGUCUUCAAACGCCACAGCAUGCGGGAGGAGGACUUCAUCCGACCCAGCAGCCGAGAAGAGGCCCAGCAGCUGUGGGAGGCCGAGAAGAUCAAGAUGCGACAAAUCCUGGACAAGCAGCAGAAGCAGAUGGUGGAGGACUACCAGUGGCUCAGGCAGGAGGAGAAGUCCCUGGACCCCAUGGUUUAUAUGAAUGAUAAGUCCCCGUUGACGCCAGAGAAGGAGGUCGGCUACAUGGAGUUCACAGGGCCCCCACAGAAGCCCCCAAGGCUGGGCGCGCAGUCCAUCCAGCCCACAGCUAACCUGGACCGGACCGAUGACCUGGUGUACCUCAAUGUCAUGGAGCUGGUGCGGGCUGUGCUGGAGCUCAAGAAUGAGCUCUGUCAGCUGCCUCCCGAGGGCUAUGUGGUAGUGGUGAAGAACGUGGGGCUUACCCUGCGGAAGCUCAUCGGGAGCGUGGACGAUCUCCUGCCUUCCUUGCCGUCGUCUUCACGGACAGAGAUCGAGGGUACCCAGAAACUGCUCAACAAAGACCUGGCAGAGCUCAUCAACAAGAUGCGGCUGGCCCAGCAGAACGCCGUGACCUCCCUGAGUGAGGAGUGCAAGAGGCAGAUGCUGACGGCUUCACACACCCUGGCCGUGGACGCCAAGAACCUGCUCGACGCUGUGGACCAGGCCAAGGUUCUGGCCAAUCUGGCCCACCCGCCUGCAGAGUGACGGAGGGUGGGGGCCACCUGCCUGCAUCUUCCGCCCCUGCCUGCCGUGUACCUCCCCUGCCUUGCUGUUGGUCAUGUGGGUCUUCCAGGGGGAAGGCCGAGGGGAGUCACCUUCCCUUGCUACUUUGCACGACCCCCUCUCCCCACCCCUACCCCAGGCUGUACUGCUCAGGCUGCAGCUGGACAGAGGGGACUCUGGGCUAUGGACACAGGGUGAGGGUGACAAAGAUGGCUCGGAGGGGGCACUGCUGCUGCCUGGCCACUCCUCCCUACGCCAGCCUGGUCCGUGCAGGGGGCUCCUGGGGGUGGGGGAGUGUCACGCGGUGCCCCUAGCUUUAUAUAUGGACAUGGCAGGCCGAUUUGGGAACCAAGCUAUUCCUUUUCCUUCCUCUUCGGCCCUCAGAUGUCCCCUGAUGCACAGAGAAGCUGGGGAGAAGCUUUGUUUUGGGGGUCAAGCAGCCAGUGAGAUGAGGGAUGGGCCUGGCAUUCUUGUACAGUGUAUAUUGGAAUUUAUUUAAUGUGAGUUUGGUCUGGACUGACAGCCUGUGCCCUCCUGAGGGAGGACCUGGGGCAUAGUCCAGGAACAACCUAAUGGGAGUCCAGGCACAGGACACUGUGUUGUCAGCAAACCAAGCAUCAGAGGGAAGAAGCAGAGAGAUGCGGCCAAGAUAGGACCUUGGACCAAAUCCACUCUCUUCCUGCCCCUCUUUCUCUUUCUUCCUUUACUUUCCCUUUCUUCUUUUCCCUCUUUUCUUACUCCUCCUUUUUCUCCCCCCCGACCCCCAUUCUCAUCUGCACCCCAUUUUCUCACGUGUUUGCAUAAACAUUCUUUUAACGUCUUUCUAUUUGACUUGUGGUUGAAUUAAAAUUGUCCCAUUUGCUUU